CUGAGACUCAGAUCCCCCGGACCUCGACGCCAUGGCUUCCUCCAGCUCCUUCCUGCCCUCCGCCACCCGCGGCGUCUUAUCCUCAUCAUGUCGUCCGGCCAUUCGCCCCCGCACAAUGCCCCCCUUCCUGUCCGGCUUCCAGCAGGUCCGACCAGCCUCCCAGACGCGCAGCAAGAAGGCCGCUCCCCCCAAGAAGAAGGGUGGACCCAAGGAAUUCAAGCAGGGCAACCUCGAUGAUCUGGAGCAGUUUGCGCUGUGCGAUGCCAUGAGAUACCUCCGUGCCUUCGAAGUCGGCCGCGAGCCGGCCUCUUCCAAAUACGAGGUCCACAUCCGCAUGAAGACGAGGAGAGACGGACCGGUCAUCCGGAACAUGCUCCGCUUCCCUCACUCGGUGCAGACCGAAUCGCGAAUCUGCGUCGUGUGCCCCCCGGGAACCAGAAUCGAGAAGGAAGCCCGCGCGGCCGGUGCUGUGCUGGUGGGAGAGCAGGAGGUUUUCGACGCCGUCCUGGCCGGCAAGAUUGAGUUCGACCGCUGCAUUUGCCAUCCCGAUAGUUUGCCUGCGUUGAACAAGGCUGGUCUGGGCCGCAUCCUCGGUCCCCGGGGUUUGAUGCCCAGCGUGAAGACGGGCACCGUGGUGGAAGAUGUCGCCUCGCGAGUGGAGAUGCUGCGUGGUGGUACGAUAUACAGAGAGCGCGACGCCGUCAUUCGUCUGCCCAUUGGACAGCUGGCGUUCUCCCCGGAGCAGCUGCGUGACAACCUGCGCGUAACCAUCGACCAGAUCAAGAAGGAUGCGGCCGGUCUCAACGAUCGCAUCACCAAGGAGGUGUACGAAGUGGUCCUGAGCUCCACGAACGGCCCCGGCUUCAGCCUGAACGGAGAGUUCAAGACAGACAAUUCCCCCGACGUUUCCGCCCUACAGGGUGCUUGAGAAGGUUGUUCGAGUUCAUGGUUGUACAGAAUAUGUUUUAUUAGGAAGGAUACGGU